UUGGCGUCACGUCACCACGGCGCAGUGAGGGCAACAGUGACGCGCAUGAAGCUGCCAGGCGCCAUAUUGAAUAGUGGCAGCCGGCUAGCUGGGCGAGCAGCCAGCUGAUGUUGAUUCAACUUUCAAGGAUGUUUAGGGGCCCCCAGGUCCUGAUUUGGUCGUGUCCUAUAAGGCCGUUGCUGCUGUUGAGAGAAUCCCACGUCUCUGCUUUCUCUGAGCUCACUGCUGCUGGAUGGCAGGGUGCAAGAGAUGUAAAGAAAAGGAGAUAUGAGGGGAUCUCUGGAAGUAAGGAGAGGUCAUCGUUGUUGUCUACUGAGACGGUUUCCCAUUCAACACAGCUGUCUUUAUUUAACUUGGACUGUGAUAAUCAAAAGGCCAGAAAGGCUUCAUUUCAAAACCUCCCAUCCAAAGCUAUUCUGUGCAGUCGUCAUCACCUCCCUCAGGUUUCUGUCUCUGCAAAAGCCAACCAAGAAGCGUCUGACUCUUGGAAAUGCACUGAUGUGAAAGGUUUAGGUAAAAACUUUAAAGCUGUGAGCCCUUACAAGAACUGUUUAAUCAACACAACUUGCCUUCAACCCCAGAGAAGGUCUUGGGACAUUUGCCAACCUUCACUCAGUUUCAGUUAUAAGACUCAGUUUAACUUUCCUCAAAGCCAUUUAUACUGCAGACAGCACUUUGCUAGACAUUUUAGCUCGUUGACACAUAUGCAAUUGAUUUCAAACCACUUCCACAGUACACAACAGCCCUCUUUUAAUAAAACAAGAGCACUUCAUCAAGCAGCCCCUCAUGUGGCAGACCUCUGGAGAGACUGUUUAACCCUAAAGAAUGAAACCAGGUGCCGACAGAUUCUGGGGCCCAAUUUGAAGCAAUACGAGGUGGACAAGGGGGCAAGUCAGAACCAAGGAAAGAACCAGGGCAGAUGUGCGUCAAUCCUGGUCUCUCUGUGCUCCGUCAAAGGGGAGCCGGCGUUUCUCUUCACUCUUCGCUCCAGCACACUGAAGGGCAGACACAAGGGAGAUGUCAGCUUCGCAGGAGGAAAGAGCGAUCCAUCAGAUAGAGACGUGGUGGCAACAGCGCUGAGGGAAGCCAGGGAGGAGCUGGGUGUUUCCGUAGCGACAGAGAGUGUCUGGGGCAUCUUGAAGCCUCUCAGGGACAUGUCAGGCAUGAUGAUCGCUCCAGUGCUGGCUAACCUUGGGCCCCUAGAGGAGUUGUCCUUCAAACCAAACCCUGGAGAGGUUGAGGAGAUCUUCACCAUGUCUUUGUCCCACUUGUGCAACCCUCAGAACCGAGGCUACACACACUUCCGCACUGGCAGCAAGUACGGAUAUACCCUCCCAGUGUUCCGUAACGGGAAGCAUCGAGUGUGGGGCCUCACAGCCGUCGCCCUGGACCAUACCCUGAGACUCAUCGUCCCUCCGUAGCAGCCUGGUCGCACUGUCUUUACAGUUUACAGUACACUGGCAGUACUAAAGCACACUUGUAUCAAUGUGACUCAAAGAUUUGGUUAUGAAAAUUGUGCAAUCAAGCUUUGUGUAGCAAAAUCUUGUCAGGAAUCAGUGUGAAUUUAAAAUAUAUUCAUUUAUGAAGGUCAUUUCCUUUUCAGCUAAGGGAAUCUUUUUUUUUUUUGUGCAGUUUCUGAGCCUCGGGAGUAUAAGAAUGGAUCAGUGUUUAUCAAUAAUUUGUAGAUAUGAAGCGAACAUCAAAAAGCGGAGCCAAUAUUUUAUUUUCACCUGAUUGAUUCUCACCUGAACACUUUAAGUAUUAUUAUAUGAUGGAUUGCGUUAAUUUUCAAAUGCUCACAAAUCCAAAUUCUUGAAAUCUUCUGUACCAACAUUUACCAAUUAAAUAGAUUUACCAAGUUAAAUAAAUGAGUCACCAAGA